GACCUGCCGCUGUGCAGGGUGCUGGUGGUAGAUGACGCUGCAUACCCGUGCUGGCUGGUGCUGGUGCCGCGGGUCAACCACACGCGCGAGGUGAUCCAGCUGACGGCGGCGCAGCAAGCGGCGCUGUGGCGCGAGGUGGCGGCAGCGGCGCAGAUCAUCCAGGACCUGUACAGGCCCUACAAGACCAACAUCGCUGCCAUCGGUAAUAUAGUCAGCCAGUUGCACAUACAUGUGACGGGUCGGUUGCAGACGGACCUGGCAUGGCCGGGCCCUUGCUACGGC